GCGCGUUCUGCGAUCACGUGUCUGGAGUGGAAGGGCCGGAGACAAUAAGAGAGGACGCCAUCUUUCUUUUACAGAUUUUAUUUUUAAUUUUUUUCUCUGAGAGUGAGAAGGGCGGGCGGAGACGGCUCCUGGAAGGUUAAAGACAAUGGAACCAAAGCCAUCAAGACUGCCUCGUAGGAUAACUGUACAACCCACCUCCUUGUCCCCCAUAACUUCACGGACUCCAAGGGUGGAACGAUUAGGUGGAAUUAGUGACUCCUAUCAGCGAGACGGCUCGAGAAGACAUGAUCUUGACUUUCAGGAUUCCAGUACCUUUCGUACUUCCAGCAGAGACUGGUCCUUCAGAGAAAGGGACAGCUUUGAGCCUUCCUGGAAGACCACCACUUCAUCUUACCAGCGCUGCACCGGAGCAUACGAGCGCCCCCUGUCUGGGGGAUUAGUGUCAAGCAGGAGUCGUUUUUCGGCAGCAUCUUCAACUUCUCAGCCAACAUAUGACCCGUUGGAGAGGACUCAGAGCACGUAUACCGGAUUGCACAGCCAGCAGCAGGACCGGGACUCCAAGAGACCGAAACUAUCCUAUUCUGCUUAUUCCUCUCUUUCCGGCAUUAGAAGCACAAGCAGUAGUUUAAGUUCCACUUCAGAUUCUACCAGCAGGUAUGGAAGAUUUCCAAGGACUUCUCCUAUGAUGCUAGGUUCCAGUAGAUCGGAUUAUAUCAGAGAAAGAGAAAGGAGAACAGAUUCAACCAUCCACAGUCUUAUGGAUUAUAGUCAUAGAAAUGUGGACACAACGCCAUCAUAUCUGCAAGACAGAGUUUCUUCAUAUGCACAAGGAGCAAGGCCAAAAGAUCAUUCCUUAAGCACACCUCGACUUAAUGCGUCUCUCAGCCACCAGCUGCCUUCACAACAUAGCUCCUCGCUGUACAGCCGAGACUCGGCCAGGAAUUUGCGGCCAGUGACUUCUAGAGACCUUCGUUCCCCAUCACGGGACACUCCGACUGAGAUCCACCAUGCCACAAGUAGGAACGAAACUGCUUCUAGAACUUCAGGAAGACUUUCGCCUGCUCGGCAAAGAUCUACAGAGCAGCCUACAGAUACAGAGAGCAGGCGCUCAACAAGGCACUUACUGUCCCGCAUUGCUUCUAGCAUGUCCUCUACCUUCUUUUCGAGAAGAUCUAGCCAAGACUCAUUAAAUGGACGAUCAGCAGAGACAGAGGAAUCGCCAUCUAGUUUACGAAAUACAUCUCCUCAGUGCAGUGCUGCUACGCCACCGAGUGCCGAUACAUCCGAGAACAGGUCAUCUGAACAAUCUCAGGGAUUUGCCUUUCUCAGACGGCGACGCUGGGGUUUGCCCUCUGUCUCUCCCAGUCAGAGUUCAGACUCUGAUGCAGAGAGUUACAGAUCAGAGGACUCAGAAACAAGAUCAUCUGCCUCAUGGCUACCAUCUUCACUCAGAAACAGAUGCACGCCUCUCUUUUCCAGGAGAAGGCGAGAAGGAAGGGAUGAAACAGCCAGAGCAUCAUCUACCUCCUCUGACACUAACAGAAUUCAUUAUCCGUUCAGGAGGAGAUCUCCAGAAGUGGAACCUGCAGAGGAAGGUCAUGGAGCCACAGCAUCCUCUGCAGACUCCAGUACUGACUCUUCUAGUAGUGCAUCCCUGGCAGAUUCCCUUUUCAGUAGGAGAAAUUCUGGCAUUUCGGGAAUGCUUCCCGGCUCAUUUCUGCAUUUUUCAGUGCCCGGUGGAUUAAGUAGCUCCCUGUCAGACAAUGUCAUGAUAACAGUUGAUGUUAGGACCAGUGAUACACAAGAAAGUGAAAAGUCUCAAAGUUGCUCAAGAGAUCCAGAGAAAAUAAAGCAAAUUCAAGAAAGCCUUCUACAGGAAGAUUCUGAAGAGGAGGAAGGCGAUCUGUGCAGAAUAUGCCAGACUGGAAUGACCACACCAUCAAAUCCCUUCAUAGAGCCGUGUAAAUGUUCUGGAAGUCUUCAGUACGUUCAUCAGGACUGUAUGAAGAAAUGGCUGAUUGCAAAAAUUGAUUCUGGAUCCUCUCUAGAUAGUGUGACUACAUGUGAACUCUGCAAAGAGACGCUGGAUCUGAACUUGGAAGAUUUUGACAUCCUGGAACUUUAUCGUGCGCACGCCAGCGAGAGGGCCGAAUAUGAAUUUAUCAGCUCUGGCCUGUACCUGGUCGUCUUACUCCAUUUGUGCGAGCAGCGAUUCUCUGACAUGCUGGGAGCCGCUAAUGAAGCGAGCACUAGGGUUCGAUUUAUAAAUCUUGCCAGAACUCUCCAAGCACACAUGGAUGAUCUUGAAACUUCAGAGGAGGAAGAUUCAGAAGACGAAAGGGUGUAACUGACAUCGAACCAGUCACCUUGGCUUGCGGCUCGUUGCCAGCAAAGCAACAUUUAUUAAAGAUGACAGAAUUGCAGGCGUAUUGUGCAUUUUUGCUUUGUAUUUUUAAUAUUCAGCUGCAUCAUAAUAGCUUGUCAUCACUUGUAUUUGGCCCUUUAAACACUUUGUGAGCUUGACAAUGUUUAAAAAAAAAAAGAAAAAAAAAAGUGGAAACUCCUCCUCCUCCUGGUAUGCGUUGGCUGCAGGGGUCGGAGACCUUUAGCCCUACAGUUAUUGCAGAACUGCAACCUUCAUUGUAACUGGGGCUCCAAAGGUUGCCUUUCCUUGCCUGCGCCAACCAUUUGUGGCCUCUUGUGUUUAUAUUUCUUUGUUUCUUUUUGUUUUGGAGCAUCCAUGCCUUUUUUCCUGUUUGUUUAACCAAGCCCUGGAGCUUUGAUUUUUUUCAGUGUUCUUUUCUUUCUAUGUCUUUCUACAUGUAGCCGGCCUUGCCUGUCCUCUCUAUACUGAACUCUGAAUAACUAAACAGGCUGUUAGACAAUUCUGUGGGACCGGGGGGGAUAUAUAUGCAGAAAACAUAAUUAUUAUUUUUUCCUUUUAAGAGAAAUAACCAAGCCUUAAGUUGCAGGCUCCUAUUUUAUAAUAUAUAAGAAUAAAAUGCCUCCAGUGUUAAUUGUUUACUAUAAAGGGGUUUUUGUACAGCAAAUUCUGUAUCCAAGACUUUUUUUGAUUCGAUCUGUAGUUUCAUAAGACGACAGAAAUCUGAGGGUGUUUAUUGAUACUAGAUUCAUUUGUGUCGGGCUAAUAUUUUUUUUUUUUGUGCAUAUCACACUUUUACAAUAGCGAGAGUAAGAACUGCUGCUUGGAUGUCACUUCUAACCACCUGUAACCAUUGCUGACAUUUUAGACCCUGUACAGUCACUUUCAACACUGACCUAUUGAUGUUUUAGUUGUAAAAUGGAAAUAAAGAUAUUGUAAGCAU